AUGAGUUCAACAAGUCAAGAACAAUCUCCUUUGAUGGAGUCAUCGUCUUCCAAGUCUUAUGGUCUCCCAUAUUUUCAACAGUCCUCCAAAACAAGUGCUUCGCAUCAUGCGACAAGCCUUACGCUUCCCACAACAUGCUCAACGACGGAGGGAGAUGCUUGUUCCAAGGCAUCCACUGACUCGCUACUGUCACAUGAUACGGAAAGUCUAGAGGUCCUAAAGGAACCUGCCCCCACGAAACGAAAGCAGAAGACCUUGUGGGAAUCUGUGGACAAAACGGCAUUCCAGUUUGCUCUUCGAAUGGGGAUUCUUCUUUGGUUCUCGUCGCUUUUUGUCCUAAUCCGAACCGACGAUUACCAUUUCCCAGAUGGAAUGUGGGUUCUGGUGACAGUCCUCUUUGUGUCAUGGUUCCCACAACUAGAUGCAGCCUCUGUGAUUGAAAAGAUAAUACAGCGUCUACUCGGAACAUUUAUUGGAGCAUUUUUGGGUCUGGCCUGUGGCUUUGCGUCGUUGCUGUUCACCGACCGCCACUUUACCCAGUCCAUUUUCCUGGGUACCUGCGUGUUCAUUUUCAACUUUUUGAUCAUUUUCGUUGCAGGGCAGUUCAAGGUUGGAAGGGUCAAGGUGAUCAAGCGGUUUGCCUAUGCCACAAUUCUAUGUUCCUUGACAUUUUGCAUUUGCAUCAUGCCAUUCUCCAUGGACGAGGACCCCAAGUGGGCAAGAGCAAUGUAUCGUGUCCUGAAUGUGGUAGUCGGCUGUUUCGUCGGGGCGAUUGGGUCCAUCCUGAUUGUUCCAAAGUCUACGACAGAUGUACUCUAUUCCAAGGCGUCUAGACAGGUAUCCAUGGCGGGCGAAGCUGCAGAAGCUGUCAUGAAUGUAUCUGCUGAUUAUUUUUCUGGACGUAUUCAGGUCAACCGUCUAGCGGAUGAACUGCUGAACGCACCCCUUGAGAGCGAGCUCCGAUGGAGACUAUCCAGCACAUCUAGUCUUGGUAGCAGCUCGAGGAAUGCUGACAACCCGGGGGCAACGGACGUUGCACUCAAAAAGUACGAAGACGCUAUUGCUGACUGGCGAUUGAGCAAAAUGUUGUUUCCAUUGGUCAAGUAUGAUCCAUUUCGGCUCAAGAUUGCCAAAGAUGAAGUUGUAAGCGAUGCCUUCCAAACGGAAAUCGCUCGGACCCUUGCCCGCUGUCUUCGAAUUCAAACUACCAUUGUGGUUUUGGAUGGUAUGGUUCGAAGUGAUGCUGACUACGAGUUCACCGCUCCCCAGCUCGAGUCAUUUUCUCAGAUUGGUGGUCUGGUGCGAAAAAUGCUGACAGUGCCGUUGGAUCGCGAUUCCAGCAAUGCAGCCGCCAAUAUUUUAUUUGUCAAGCUCGAGGAGACACGAGAAGCCAUUCAUAAAAUGUCGCAUGCUGUCGCAACUGUAGCAGAAGGCGACGAUCUAUCAGAUUCCGGGAGAGAAGGCUUGAAAGAAUUUCAAUACAAAUUGCUCUCCAAAGACUCUUCUUUCUUUGAAACCAUGCAUACCGAUGCAGGCGACGAGAUGGGGAGAGGUAUUCCAUUGAAUGCUACGGGCAAGCACGACAAUACGCUCUUCUUUCUACAGCUAGUAGAACACAUGAUAUUGCGAUCCCUCCGCCUCUAUCAGGCAUGGACGCACGUGGAGACGCUCAAAAGGAAAGAAGACUAA